AUGGACAAAAUCAUUCAAGCAAGUCAGAUAUUCGCCCGUGCGCUUUACCCUCUUCGCCGCGGCUGUGCUCUAUGGAUCCCCGAACCAAACAACGAAUUGUCGCCUGAAUACUGCGCGGCAGGAGUUCAGAUUGGUGACGUAGGAAUCCUUAGGGCCGACGGUAGUUUUGACUUUGUCUUCAACGUUUGCCGCUCCGCAGACGAUCCCGUUAAUCAGUAUGGGGUUCCGGAUAACUUUCAACCACUCUCGUGGAAUGGUGCGAAACGGAGAACCCACAAUAUUUUUCGACCUGGCGAACCCGUAUUGAGCCGCGGUGCAGAAAAACGGACUUUGGGAGUUGAAGGAACAGCUUUAGUGCCUGGCAUUCCAGUGGGAGGAGGUGCUGGUUUUAGCAUCAGGUUCUCUCAGGAUCGAGGGGCAGUCAUUUUGCCACCCAAUGGAGCGGAUAGCGUUGACUGCCAGAACCUCGCUGUGUUUCGCAAGUACGCUGAACGAUAUUCAAUCAGCUGGUACAAGUUCGUAAAUGAAACGCUUGGGAUGGAAAUCGAGAAUGGGGCUAUCUAUUUUGUUACCGGCUUCGACAAGACCAACUCCUGGGAGAACGCAGUUUUCAAUACCGAUGUCAAGGAACGGACCUGUGAGAUAUUUGUGAACACCGGCAGCCUGCCUGGGGGCGCUGGUCGUCUGGAGUUAUCGGAUUCUUCUCUUCACGAAACAUUUUCAACCAGAUGUUCCCCUUCCGACAAUGACAAUCACAACCAGGCACUGUUCAUCCGUGGCUUCCGUAUCUCGAUCCCCCACAAGCUCAAAGCAUUUUUUGGCGGAUCAGGCGUGGAAGUCACGAGCACCUACGAGUCAUCGUGGAGGGAUGCCCUUGGCAAGAAGGGAUCCCAUUUUCCAUAUAAUGGAGGGGAUUCCUUCUCUAGGUCGGGAUUAUCGUCUCUAGCUGGGUCAGCGUCUUUCGCAGCUGGGCCCCCAUCCCCGUCUAGUGAAUCGGAGGCCACGCAUACCACGGAUGAAGCAGGAUUCCAUUGUGAUACCGAUGCCUCCUAUGCGGACUACGAUAGUGACACCAGUGUGGAAGAGGAUGACAUUAUUCCAGCGCUGGAGCUUUAUCACCCAUUGAAGGCCAUCAACGAUUACAUUCUGCGAUCUGUAGCGGACCGACAUGAUAUUAAGGUCGUCAUUACUCACGACGAAGACUGGAUUGCGCUAGUGACGGACCAGGAUACCGAGAUGCCCGACGAAUCAACAUUGAUUAGACGACUGCAGCAGUCACUUCGUAUUACGGUGGAAAACGGUUGCGCAUUCCUCGACUGUCGCGAAGCUACUCCAUCUAAACAUCCUAACCCAGGCCCCAUCUUUUCCAACGUUGAUAAUUACCAUGGUCGAGAUGCUAGUCGUUGCCCCAAAGACGAUAAUUUACCUUCGACAUCAACGCGCAGUCAGGUUCUAGUCGGCCAGCAAGAGUUGUUUAAUACAUCUCCCAGAAAUAAACUGUUCAACGAUACCUUUCUUAUUGGGGAGCCUUUUGUCUUGAACUUCGUGGAAGGUAAUCAUGAUCAAUACGAGGACCUGGGUCAUAACAGACAGAAGUUACUUACACCGCCAUAUGAUGACGCACCUACAAGCCACGUACUCUUCCCACCAAAUUCGCAAAGUGAUCGAUUAUCGGAUCCUGAAUCAUUCACUAGGAGAAGUGAAUUCACGGACAAGCGCCAUAAACCUGGGGCCUGUGCACGCUGUAAGAACCUGAAGGUUCGUUGUGAAUUCAAGAGUGACACGGAUCCUUGUAAAAGGUGUCUGAAUGGUGGUCACGAGUGCGUCAUUCCCAGCAGAAAAAAGCGACGAAGACCACCGAAGCGCGAACAUCUUUUGGCUGAAAUUCAGAAACAAGCCGAAACGAUAGAAAAACUUAUGGCCCAGUUAGCAGCAGAAGAAGGGAGGAAGGGUUCUGUACGGCCAUCGCUCUCGGUUGCUGAUACAUUAGUUCCACCUAUUUUCACACCUUCUACGGGGUCACACUUCAGCGACGACUCAUACGAAAUAGAAUCCCCGGUAAGCAAAAGUGCAGUCAUCGAGGAUUGGAACGUCAAAGCGCGCGAUUCUUUGGCUCAAUUCGGAGGCUUUAUUGGUGUCGGGGGUGGAAGUCUGCCCACAAAUAAUAGGUAUGACGUUAAAGUGGAGCCCGGAGGAACUUCAAGCGGUGGGGAUGUUGAAGAAGAUAGCUCUAUGUCUGAAGAGGACAGCCCCUACAACUUCCACUUUCACAAAGUCGGUUUCGCGGCGGCUGUUGAGGAAGACACAAAACCCCCGGAUCGGAGAAGGAUGAGUAAGCGAAUACUGCAACCACGAAAACGUCAACGAAUCGGGAACAGACACAUUCUGCAAGGCACUAUCCAUCCAUCUGGAAGUCAUAGAAUCCAGUUCGCAUGUCCGGACGUAAAAGUCGAAGAAGACGGAACAGACUUCGCUAAUGUUGACAUUUCCCGUUACGGACUUGAUCUGGAGAAGCAUAGUAUAACUCCAGUACCUGGCGUUCUUGCGGAUGGUGUGCUCACCCCUCAGGAAGCCGAAGAGCUCUUUGCGCUGUUCUUCGAUACCAUGAAUCCAUCGGUAUCUCUUGUCGAUCCGGUACUUUAUACGCCUCAGAGAACUGGAGACCUUAGCCCUUUCUUGUUCACCGUUAUUUGCGCCAUCGCGUCGAAAUACUACGAGAAAAGGCCUGGGCUACAUGAGCAAGCAAUGUCGUAUGCUGAGGCUUCUGCUGGCAGGUCGUUACUUCGUGGCCAGAAGAAUGUGGAGAUGUGCAUGGCCUAUAUUCUUCUGAGCUUGUACCCGCCUCUCACACGUCAGGAAGACUCGCGUUCAUAUCUAUAUCUCGGUGUUGCUAUUCGGAUUGCCACGGAGUUGGGUCUCCACCUUCCUCCAAUAGAGAAUCCAACCAAUGAAGUCCAGGCGCGAGAACAACUCAACCGAACGAGGGUCUGGCUCAAUUGCUUCAACCUGGACUGUUUCACAAGCUUGCAGCACGGCCAGCGGCCUUCUAUCAGCUCCGCCGACUAUAUCGCCAAUCGGUCGGAGAAUUGGUGGGCUAGUUCCGAAUACAACAUGAGGAUCGCCGACGUACAUCUAUGUUGUUAUACCGAGCUGAUGAAGGACAUGGCGAAAUUCAUGGAGAAACGAUACUCCAACUUGAUAUCUUCGACCGCGGUUCCCAAGGUGCUUAACGGCAAGAAGCUUGCAGCUGAUACGUGCGAGGAGCUUCGGGCACUGCAAGCGAAGUGGUCUCCCAUCCUGGAAGCGAACGUGAAUAAAGAAGACGCCGAAGCCGUAUUCCGAGCUGAUCAACUCGAGUCGGUGUAUCGCUUUUCUUUCCUCAUUGCUCUGUCGUACGGCUUUCAUCAAGCAGCUGGGCAGGAUGCGGGCAAUGAUCAACUGUCUCUAUUCCGUUUUGUGUCAGUAGCGGUAGAUGUUAUCGAAUCGAUGAUUGAACAAAGAGAUCGACAAGCUCGCCGUAAACGGAUCUACGUUCCUUACGGUCUGGACACCGAAAGCUUUUCAGUCACAUCUGCGGCGGAGUUCCUUGUGAAGAUCCUUCAGCCCAAUUACUCCUGUCAUCUUGAUGAUACAACGCGCGUCGACAUUGGUGAAUGCGUGCAGAGUGCGAUCGCCUGCCUUAAUUCUCCAGGAACCGACCCAAACGAAAGGCAAGGUUAUAAGAAGUAUGCCAAGCUCCUACAAGAGUUGUUGGCGUCACUUCUACCAGGAGAGUGUUCAAAGCACGAUGGAGGGGCCGCAUCGUUGGAUAGGGUCGCACCUCAAUUCGACUCCAAACAUGUCAUGGAGCAGUCUGGUCUUGCUGAUGACUUCAACGUUGAGAGUAAAGAUGCUCAAAUGACGCUACGACCAGGAGAGGUUGAGAACUUACAUUCUUUGCCUUCUUCGCUUCCUUCUCUUCCGACCUUGCCUUUGUUCGCGAUGAUAGAUAACUCCUUGAAUUCUAAUCACAGCCCCUUCCACAUACCGGCGAGUCCCUCCCACAACCAGCUUCCGGCCAAUGCCGGUGCUUCGCUCAGUAUCCUACCAGCACCGAUACACAAUAGUAGAGUUUACUCGCCCACAAGCCCCACCCAAUCAAGUUCUGACUCGACCUCAGACACGGCGUUAUUCCCAUCCCCCACUUUUGUUUCCAGUCAGGAAAGCUUCAACUGGAUCCCGGGCAGCCCUUUAGUACGCCUCCUUCCACAGCUUCAGAUGUAUAUGGACCAGCAUUCUCCCGUCCGUCGGCGAUCGGUCGCGGUGGCUAAGGAUGCCAUUUAUCCACCUAAGAGGGUACCUACGUUUUUCUGUACAGUGCCUGGGUGCACGUCUAAAGGAUUCGCCGCAAAACGUGCCUGGCUAUAUCACAUGCGCUCUCACUGA